AUGGAAGCUGACCGUAGUGGAAAUGGAAACGGAAGGCCAGGAAAGAAGCCAGCACAAGCCAGUUCAAGAAAAGGCUGCAUGAGAGGCAAAGGCGGACCUGAGAAUGCUUCUUGCGCCUACAAAGGAGUCCGGCAGCGCACUUGGGGCAAGUGGGUGGCUGAAAUACGCGAACCCAAUCGUGGUUCGCGCCUCUGGUUGGGAACUUUCGACACCUCUCACGAGGCAGCCAUCGCUUACGAUGCUGCAGCACGUAAGCUGUACGGGACAGCAGCCAAACUUAACCUACCGCAUCUAUAUCGAAGGCCUCAGCACAUUCCUGUCUAUUCCACUCUCAACACCACCACUCCGAUCGACACCGGCGGCGAGAAUCAAACUGGGUUGCGACCAGUUCCGUUUCAACAAAGUCCCUUCCGCAAUUUUGCAUCCAGUAGCAACUCCAGUUACCCACCCCAGUGUCAGCCAAAUGAAAGGCUGUUUUUCCAGACGGAGACAAAUGCAACUACAACUGGUUACCUUGCGGGUACAACAACUGCUGGUGUAACAUCAGUUCCGAACGACAAUAACAACUUUGUUGACGACAACGGAAACGAGGCAGUCGAAAGCGAGGAAGGGACUAUGAGAGGAAUGUGGAAUAAACUCAACGCAAAUUUGCCAGCGAUUGAUGAUUCUUCCAUUUGGGCUGAAGCCCAAGCUGCUUCCCCUUUUCAGGCUGCUGUGACUGAUCCAGGGAUCUUCGGUGGCAACUUCGAAGAUAGCAACUACCCCUGGAACUGA